GUUAUGAUGACGCAUUUCGGCGUGAUGGACAUGCCGACGAUGAACGCCGCCAUCGACGAUCUACUGACGCUGUGCGAUAUAACGCGCUAUAUGGCACUGCAGCGACCCGGCAUCCGACUGCGCCAUCUGCAUUUAAACCGCUUCAAUUUUGACCUUUCGCUGGACACCGCGGGCGUCAGUGCGCGCACGCCCGAAUGUGCCCUGCACCGGCCGCAUCUGGCGACGGCCAAGCCGAUGGGACAGUGGGACUGCCGGCCGCUGCAGGAAUUCAUCGCCGUCUGCGGUAGUGUGCCGUGUGCAACGCUCCUCCUGACUAACUGCGACGUUCACUUGGUCUGCUCGUAUUUCUUUCGCCAACGGGUGGAACUAAUCAGUGUGACGAUCAAACUCCCUAGAACGCGACUGCCCAUUGGGCCGGACUUCAGUGGGGCGUUGUGGGACGUCAUGGAUGCGACGCUGCCGGCACCGGAUGCACAGAAGCUGCAGGAACUCGUGGACCGAGUGAAGGGCUGCAGACUGUGCGGUACGGGUGCAGAUCAAGAACUGGCAAAAGUGGUCUGCAAGAUGUUGUGCGCGCUGCAAGCGGCCGAUCCGCGUCCCGCGGCACACUACCACGGGAAGCAGUGGUGCGUGGACGGCCUGCAAGGGCUGCAGUGGGAGAAGCUGUCGCGCAUCGCCCGCCACUUCCUCGCCAACCUACGAGCAGUGACUUCACAGCCGUCUGGCUGGUGAGCCACGCAUGCCUCACCAUUUGGUUUCCGGAAUGUUUUAGCUGUUGGUGGCACUGUGUGCACGUUUCGGGGAU